AGCCUGCUCGGUCAGCAGGGAGUAGAAAUAAUUUUAAUACCUAUUUUUUCCCGGCAGUGAUAUUAAGAAUACAACCCGGAAAUAAACAAAAACCCGCCUGGUAUGUUUGCCACAGAUGUGUGUUUGGCUUAGCUACGAACUGAACACUGACUAGAUCUGCAUAAUUGACAAUGAUAUCCCAAGUCAAUUUCGACAUGGACGCGCAUAAUACAAACACGCACCUAGGUUUCUACGAGUGCGCGCUCUGACAGCAACGUGCACGAGCAGUGCUGACACCCGAGCGGUCCGGUGUAAAUCACUGCAAUGGAAGAUGAGUAGGGGAGGGUGGAGGACACCGGCUACAGCCCUGCCUCCUCUCUGCAUGUGAGCACACAGCAGCGUAGACACACGGCAGGCAGGCAGGCAGACAACACCAUCACAGGGGCAACAAAGGGACGCAUGGUUCAUCCGAGGCAUCAGAUGAAUAAAUGAUUCACUGAGACAAGUUGCACUUGCAGACACACGUUUGAUUGCAUCUGUCCUCACCUCAAAGGGUGUAAUAGCACUGCACAGUCAUGGAGCUGGAGCACUUUGAUGAGCGGGACAAGGCUCAGAGAUACACCCGAAGGGGCUCAAGAGGGAAUGGGCUCCCCAGUCCCACUCAUAGCGCUCACUGCAGCCUAUAUAGAACCAAGACACUCCAAGCACUGAGCUCAGAAAAGAAGGCCAAGAAGAUUCGUUUCUACCGCAAUGGGGACCGCUACUUCAAAGGGAUUGUUUAUGCCAUUUCUCAGGAGAGAUUUAGAUCUCUAGAAGCACUCCUGGCUGACCUCACAAGAUCCCUGUCAGAUAACGUCAACUUGCCUCAAGGUGUGCGGACCAUAUACACCAUUGAUGGGAUGUCAAAGAUCACCAGCAUGGACCAGCUGGUGGAAGGAGAGAGCUAUGUUUGUGCAUCCAUAGAGCCCUACAAGAAGCUGGAAUACACAAAGAAUGUAAAUCCCAAUUGGUCAGUUGGUGCUAGGACUGCUGUCUCCAUCCGUGACCCUUCUUCCCUUGGUAGUGCCAAGGCGGGAUGCCCAGAAACUAAAGAGAGCAAGGACUUCAUUAGGCCCAAACUGGUAACCAUUGUCCGCAGUGGAGUAAAGCCUCGCAAGGCUGUACGGGUCUUGCUCAACAAGAAGACUGCACACUCCUUUGAGCAAGUCAUGACUGACAUCACAGAUGCCAUCAAGCUUGACUCUGGAGUCGUCAAAAGGCUGUUUACGGUUGAUGGCAAAAUGGUCUCAUGUCUUCAGGACUUUUUUGGGGAUGAUGAUAUAUUCUUUGCUUGUGGCCCUGAGAAGUUUCGUUAUCAGGAUGAUUUCAACUUGGAUGAAAGUGAAUGCAGGGUGGCAAAGUCUGCAUCAUAUGGCAGGCUACCCUCCAUACAGGGUCGCUCUUCUCCAAGAAGUGGCGGGAUGUCCCGCAGGAGCAAGUCUCCCUCAUCCACUGGUUCAGCUAAUGGCACUGCAGGCAGUCAGCUGUCUACACCUCGGUCUGGAAAGUCUCCAAGCCCCUCUCCAACCAGUCCAGCUAGCCUUCGAAGACGACAGGGAUCUCAGCACAGUGGCUCUUCACUCUCUUUAGCUUCUACUAAGGUUUGCAGCUCGAUGGAUGAAGGAGAUGGGCCUGGCAGUGAAGCUGAGCCAAUGGAUGACUACCCCUCAGUCCCUGCCUCCAUAGCAGAGAGGUACAAAGUAGGGAGAACUUUAGGGGAUGGAAACUUUGCUGUGGUCCGGGAGUGUGUGGAGAGAUCCACUGGAAGAGAGUACGCUCUGAAGAUCAUCAGUAAAGAUAAAUGCAGGGGGAAGGAGCACAUGAUCCAGAGUGAAGUGUCAAUCCUUCGGCGUGUGAAACAUCCCAACAUCGUACUUUUAAUUGAAGAAAUGGACACUCAUAGUGAUCUCUAUCUUGUAAUGGAGUUGGUCAAGGGGGGCGAUCUCUUUGAUGCAAUCACUUCUUCUAACAAAUACACAGAGCGAGACGCCAGCUGCAUGCUGUUCAAUCUGGCAAGUGCAAUCAAGUACCUGCACAGUCUCAACAUUGUCCACAGAGACAUAAAACCUGAAAACCUGUUGGUCUAUGAGCAUCAUGAUGGCAGUAAAUCUCUGAAACUAGGUGACUUUGGCUUGGCUACAGUCGUCAAUGGGCCCCUCUAUACUGUGUGUGGCACACCCACCUAUGUAGCACCAGAAAUUGUCGCUGAGACAGGAUAUGGCCUCAAGGUUGACAUUUGGGCAGCUGGUGUCAUCACUUACAUACUGCUGUGUGGCUUUCCUCCUUUCCGAGGUAGUGGUGAAGAUCAGGAGGCUCUUUUUGAACAGAUUUUGAAGGGCCAACUUGAUUUCCCUGCCCCAUACUGGGACAAUGUGUCUGACACUGCCAAGGCUCUGAUCACUGGGAUGCUGCAGGUAGAGAUCGAGCAGAGAUACACAGCUGUACAGGUGCUCGAUCACUCCUGGGUCAAUGAUGAUGGCGUGUCAGAGAAUGAGCACCAGCUGCCUGUAGCUGGAAAGAUCAAGAAGCACUUCAACACCGGGCCCAAGCUCAGCAACACCACAGCAGGAGUGUCAGUCAUUACAACCACGCCACUUGAUAAAGAGAAGCAAGUUUUCCGACGAAGACGCCACCAGGAUGUGAAAUCAGCUCCUCAUCUCCCACACAGUGUCGGUGCCAAGGCCUCUCACAAUGCCAACCCUGGCCCCUCCCGCGCUGACUUCACACCUGAGUCUGAGGACUAUUCCCCAAGUUCGACUGACACUGUCCGUUCACCCACCUCUCCGUUCUAACAGCCUUCCUGAGGCCACCCCAUUGCUCACCCCUCCAUGGAAAAGGGAGAGAGUGGAGUGCAAAACGGAAAAAAACCCAACACUGGGUUCAGUCUGGUGACUUGGACAUUCACAGACUGCAUAAUUACCUGUACCUAUUUUAUUUAUUCCUUGUCAUAGUAUUUUUAUUUUAAUUACAAAAUACACUGAUCAGAUUAAGGGUCAGAUAGUCUCUGGAUAAAAGAAUACACCUUAAGAGCAUGCAACAAUCUUGAGUAUUUUCCCAUUUCUUUUGAAAAAGCCACCAAAUUGUUUAAGCCUUAUUUCUUCACAGCAAGCACUGGUUCAUUGCAGUACUCGAGAGCCCUCUACUGGUUUAUAUUGCAUACUGCAGGAAAGACAGCUUGCUUCAUGAGGCACUUAGCUUUUUGAUGGAAGGUGUAAAUGCAAAACAUUGAAACCUUAGCCUCUAAAUAUUAAAUUCCAUGAUUUUGUGAUAUGAUAUGUUUAGUGCAUAUCACUUGCCAUACUGACUUGAACACAAAUACUUGUUCAAUGAUGACACUCUCAAUAUAAUCUGGGCACAGCAGUCACCUUUCUGCUGUACUGUAUAACAUCUAGAUUACUUUGCUGUGGUACCUGAGGUUCUGGUGCAUAAGACUUGCUGCUAUAUUAUACCAUAAGCAUUAUCUGUAUUGAGCAGAUUUUUGUGUAGGAGAAAUAUUAUCCUGCCACCCAGUAGCUGGCCUCCUAGAGAAUUGAGAGCACUAAUGUUUGACUGUUGAUGGUCCAGCUUAUCUGUGUGCUUGAGGAUGAUUAUUUAAGUAGUAGUUUUGUUAUGUGUCUGUGAGAGUGUGGUUGUAAUUCGGUGGUGGUGCAGAUGACUCUCAGUGCUGUGUAAUUGGUAGUAAGUGCAUGUGUAAAACCUUGCCUUGGCACAUGUGGAUUCAAGUGCAAUUAGGUGUAUUGCCCGAUGAGCACAGUAUCAAAUUUGUCCUUCGCAGUGCUGGAAUAAGUGAGAAUGCAUCUGUUGCUGGUAUUAUUGGUAUCCAACGGACACACUUCUCUGUCAGAGGGGGCAGUUAUUUCUUGUGCAACAUGGAUUUUUUUUUUUCCCCACACACUGAAAUAAGAAACAAGUUAAAUGUUGGUAAACACAGCAGUGCUUCCAGUAUAAUCCAUUAUUUUAAUAUUUGUUUAGCCAGUCAGUACUUUUUUUUUUUUAAUAAUCAGAUCAAACAACAUGACUAAGAAGUCUGGCUCUGUAUGUACUGUAUGUCCUCUGACGACAUCAUUCAUUGGAUCACCUGAGACAAAAUAUCCAUAGAUGUGAAUGUCCUCUUCCUUUCAUCAGAGACUGUAACCUGCAUGUCUGCUAAUAUGCAUCUUAAAUCAGUUGUUCUGGUCUUACUUACUCUUCAAUAUACGCCUGUCAGAUAUAAAACCAUUUUUGUUGUCAUUGUACAUGCUGUCUUGGUGAAUGCAGUUCAGUUAAGGAAGACUAUAGUCAUAUCACAGCUGAGUUAAGUCUUGUAUAUACGUAUUUUAACAGAAAUGUAAUAUCGCACCACUGACUUUGUUGUUAAAGGGCUUUUUAAGUUUUUGACCUGACGGGGGUGAGGAAAAAAGCACAAGGAAAGCAAGUUGUGAUGGUGACUUGUUGGAAAUGUUUGUUUUUUAGACAGUAUCUGUUUUUCAUCAUCUGAAAAACAUGUAAUGUUUAUAUACAGUUUGACAAAAUGGCACUCAAAGACAACUGGGAAUGUCAGUUUUAAGUGGAAGCAGAUAGAGAAUGUGAAUGCUGUAUUAUAUUCAUCCAUAUUCCAUUAAUGUAAGGACGUUAUAAAACCUGAAUGAGAAAAAGCAGUAAUACUUACUUUCAGUUCACAACAACUUAAAAAAAAAAAAAACUCCCAACAAUGUACUCUGCAAAGAAACCAAACCUGGAAAUAAAAAGGAUUUAAUUAA